GGCCACAUCUGGUGGAUGAGAAAACAUGGGCUUGAUUGUUUUGAGAGUCUCCAUGCUCCUGUUGCUUAUUGGACUUGCCUUCAGCAGAGAUGCUGGGGAUUCCUUACAAAAUCGGACUGAUCUUACUUCAAACCUCACAAUGAUUUUGAGCAAACCCCAAGGGAAUUGGACCCAUUCUACAGGCUUGUGCACUGAGAGGACUAAAAUUAACCGUGUCUUCAAGUACAUAAACACUAUAUUAUCCUGUGCUAUUUUUAUCGUUGGGAUGGUUGGGAAUGCAACUUUGCUCAGAAUAAUCUACCGGAACAAGUGCAUGAGGAAUGGCCCUAAUGCACUGAUAGCCAGUCUGGCGCUUGGUGAUCUUAUCUACAUUGGUAUUGACAUUCCCAUUACGGUGUUUAAGAUUCUUGCACAGCGGUGGCCAUUUGAUCAGUCUCCACUUGGAGCAGGUCUUUGCAAGGUCUUUCCAUUCAUUCAGAAGGCUUCAGUUGGAAUCACAGUGCUUAAUCUGUGUGCUCUUAGUGUAGACAGGUACAGAGCAGUUGCAUCCUGGAGCCGAGUGCAAGGCAAUGGAAUCCCACUUAUCACAGCAGUUGAAAUAAUCUCCAUCUGGGUUCUUUCAUUUGUGCUGGCGAUCCCUGAGGCAAUUGGAUUCGUCAUGGUGCCCUUUGAAUAUCGGGGUGAAGAAUUACGAACAUGCAUGUUUAAUGCUACAUCUCCUUUCAUGGAAUAUUACAAAGAUGCAAAAGAUUGGUGGCUGUUUGGCUUCUAUUUCUGUGUACCCCUGGCAUGUACUGGGGUUUUCUAUACUCUAAUGACGUGUGAGAUGUUACACCAGAGGAAGGGAAGUCUCCGCAUAGCAUUGAGUGAGCACCUAAAACAGCGACGCGAGGUUGCAAAGACAGUUUUCUGCUUGGUUGUGAUAUUUGCCCUGUGUUGGUUUCCACUGCAUCUGAGCAGAAUCAUCAAGAAGACCGUGUACAAUGAGAAUGAUUCUGGACGCUGUGAGCUUCUCAGCUUUCUGUUGGUUAUGGAUUUCAUCAGCAUUAACUUGGCAGCAUUAAACUCUUGUAUUAAUCCAAUCGCGCUCUACUUCGUAAGCAAGAAGUUUAAAAACUGUUUUCAGUCAUGUCUGUGUUGCUGUUGUCAAUCAAAGACCCUCACAAGCACGUCCCCCAUGAAUGUAACCAGUAUUCAGUGGAAAAAUCAUGACCAAAAUUACUACAUUGCAGACAGGAGUAUUCACAAGGACAGCCUCAACUAGCCACAGUCACCAACACAACCAAACUUUGAACCAAACCAUAAUAGUGGUUACUUUCCACAAAGAAACAAUCUACUCUUGUAAUAGAAGAAAAGAAAACUGUCCAAACAAUGCUGGACCCACUGAUCCAUUUUAGAGAUUUACUGGACCACAGUCAAAUCUAAGCUGCAAGCAUAUACUUCUCCAUUGGCUGUAAUACAGUCUUUUAUGUCUAAUACUUGGCGGUGUGUGCCGUUGGACCAAUGAUGUUCUACAGACUUCUAAGUGGUGAUGGAAUGUGGAAAGCUAUACUGACACACCACUACUUUUGUGUCAGUGUUGAAGACCACCAAAGAAUCUAGAGCCAGGAUUUGUUCCAUUGAGUGCUGGCAGCUUUUACUUAUCACAUUUCCAAAUAAUAUUGAAUGUACUGCUCGCCCUACUGUACAGGGGGUGAAAAACCAAACAGUAUUUCUAUGGAGUCAUUAUAUAAAACUAUAAUUACUUUGUAUAUAACAAUUUUUAUUUAACAUAUAUAAAUAUGUAUAUUUUUUAAUCGGAACUCAUAGAGGAUUGUGAGAUAUUGUAUAAUAGCAUGUGUUGUACUGACAUUUUUCUGGCACACUAAAUAUUAGGCAUAAGAUAUGCAUUUUACAGCACUUCAGUAUUUAGAGACUCGCCAUCUAUGUGCAAACAAGUGUAAUUUUUUUUUAAAGCAUGGCAAAUAACACAUUAUAGUGUGUUAAUGACAAAAGUGAUUUUACUUGGAGAGGUGUUAUGCACAAUUGUUCAUUAUCACAGGCCAAGUGGUAUAUGUUUGUCAUUAAAAUUUUAAAACAUUAUAAAAUCUCACUGUAAAGAUGAUUUAUAAAUUAUC